GAUUACUAACUGUAAAACAUAUACUUUUCGACUGUCAAAACAAUAAUGAAGGGUUUAAAAGCUCCUCAGAUUCUCCUCCUCCGAUCAUCCCAGGAACCGGCACCGGCAAUUCCUCUUCUAUAUGAACUUCUAUCUCCUUAUUCUCUUGCUCUCCAUGAUAGUUGCUAUUGAGAGUCAAAAUAUGAAUCAGGAUCGUGAAUUUAUGGGUUCAAAGCUUUUGAAGAAGCAUCCGACGAGGUCCGGGAAGCGCCACUACCAUCGCCGCCGCCAUCAUCAUCAUCAUGCCCACCACCAUGUUUAUCAUCGGAGAAAGUAUUGUACGACAAAGACUGCCUCGGUCUCCCUAAUCACGGCGUUAAAUAGCUCUAUGGUCAAAUGCCGCCGCCGCCUGGUGAAGUUUUUCUCCAAAAUAGCGCGCGCGAUUAUCCCUGAAUGCGACUGCGGCCCCGCCUUGGGGUUCCAGGUCCUCCAAAAUCCACCGAUGGAGUACUUAGAGAACGAGUCCGGCCCACCCCAAUUUGAUUUCGAAUUCGAUACUGGUAUCGUUCUGCCCCACCAUCUUGUUGUGAACCACCGCCUACUUCCUCCGUUGGCCACGGAGGGGAAGAAAACAAUCGUCCUCGAUUUGGACGAGACCCUUAUACAUUCGAGCCCCGAUCCGCCUCCAAAAUCGUACGAUUUCGUCGUCCGUCCAGAAAUCGAAGGGAAGACAGUGACCAUGUACGUCUUGAAGCGACCCGGGUUGGACGAAUUCUUAAAGGAGUUAAGCGAAAAAUUCGAGGUGGUGGUGUUCACGGCAGGGCUGAAGCCGUACGCGUCGCUUGUUCUGGAUAAUUUAGACCCAGAGGGGAAAAUCUUUACCCACCGGCUUUAUCGGGAAGCGUGUAAGGAGAUACGGGGAAGAUAUGUGAAGGAUUUGUCAGAGUUGGGGAGAGAUUUGGGGGAAGUCGUGAUCGUCGACGAUAACCCCAAGUCGUACUCGCUGCAUCCGGCAAACGCGAUUCCGAUGAAGGCGUUUGUAGAUGAUAUGGAGGACAGGGAGUUGGAGAAGCUGAUGGUGUUUUUCAGGCAGUGUAGUGUUUUUAGGGACAUUAGGGAGGCGGUAAGGCAAUAUCUCAGCCACCUCGCCGGAGACGGCGACAACAAAUGAUUUUGCAACCCUUGGUUGAUUGAGGUCCAUGCGAAGAAGAUCCAUGAGAGCGCGCGCUGUGAUCAUCAAUUGUCCGGUGUUUUUCUUUUCUUUUUUUUUUUGAUAAUUGAAAAACUUUCUUUUCUUUUCUUUCUUUUUUUUUUUUUUUUUGGUGAAAAUUCUUUUAGUACUUUUACUUUAAGUAUUAUUUCCUGUAUGUUAAUUGAAACUUUUAUUAGAUUUUUUUUAUGAACUUUUAUUAGAUUGUUUUACUCCCAUAUGAGGAGUAAUAAAAUGGGAGUAAUUUA